UUUCCAGUAACUUCUCCCUCCUCCCCACAGGGCCUUCUCCAGCCCGGUUUCCUGUUCCCCGGCCUGGGCCAAGUCCUCUCAAGUCCCAGAUGUCCGGUUCCAGAUGCCUGAUCUCAGAGUGGGGGAACUGUCUGUGGGGAAGCCCCCACUCCACAAGCUGCCCAGGCAAGAUGUGGUGGCUGCUCCUCUGGGGAGUCGUCCAGGCUUGCCCCACGCAGGGCUCCGUGCUCUUGGCCCAGCAGCUCCCCCAGAAGCUGACAUCCCCUGGGUACCCAGACCUGUAUGUCAAAGGCCAGGAGAUCUCCAUCGACAUCAAGGCUCCAGAGGGCUUUGCCGUGAGGCUUGUCUUCCAAGACUUUGACCUGGAGCCGUCCCAGGACUGUGAGCAAGACUCUGUCACAAUCACGGCCAGUGGGAUGGAUCCAAGCCGCUUCUGUGGCCAGCAGGGCUCCCCACUGGGCAGCCCCCCUGGUCAGAGGGAGUUUGUAUCCUCGGGGAGCAGUUUGCGACUGACCUUCCGGGCACCUGCCUCCUCUGAGGACAGGACCACCCACCUCCACAGGGGCUUUCUGGUCCUGUACCAAGCCGUGGGUAUGAACCAUAGUCAGCCUAUCAGCCCGGCCAGUGGGGGCUCUGAGGCCACACACACACCCGGAGACAACCCCUCCAAAUUCCAGAACCACUGCCAGGAGCCAUAUUAUCAGGUGGUGCCAGCAGGGACACUCAGCUGCACAGCCCGGGGCCCCUGGCAGGAGACACAGGACAGGAGGGAGGUUCCUCACUGUGUACCUGUCUGUGGACGGCCGGUCACCCCCAUAGCCCAGGACCAGGAGGCCCUUGGAUCUUCCAGAGCUAAGUCAGGAAACUUCCCCUGGCAAGCCCUCACCAGUAUCUACGGCCGUGGGGGUGGGGCCCUGCUGGGCGACAGGUGGAUCCUCACCGCCGCCCACACCAUCUAUCCCAAGGACAGCAUCUCUCCCAGGAAGAACCGGAGGGUGGAUGUGUUCCUGGGCCACACGAACGUAGAUGAGAUGCUAGAACUGGGAAACCAUCCCGUGCGCCGUGUGGUGGUGCACCCAGACUACCGUCAGAACGAGUCCCACAACUUCACUGGGGACAUUGCUCUCCUGGAGCUCCAGCACAGUGUGCCCCUCGGCCCUAGCCUCCUCCCGGUCUGUCUGCCUGACAGCGAGACCCUCUACCACAGCGGCUUGUGGGGCUAUGUCAGUGGGUUUGGUGUGGAGAGGGGCUGGUUAACUACUGAGUUGAAAUACGCAAGGCUGCCCGUAGCCCCAAGGGAGGCCUGCAAGGCCUGGCUCCAAGAGAAGCAGAGGACCGAGGUGUUUUCUGACAGCAUGUUCUGUGUUGGGGAUAAGAUGCGGCCCCAGAGUGUCUGCCAAGGGGACAGUGGCGGCGUCUAUGUGGUAUGGGAUGAUCAUGCCCGUCACUGGGUGGCCACGGGCAUCGUAUCCUGGGGCAUAGGGUGUGACAAGGGAUAUGGCUUCUACACCAAAGUGCUCAACUACGUGGACUGGAUCAAGGAAGUGAUGGACGGGAAAGACUGACCCUGGGGUGCUUGAACACUGUGCGGGCCCAGACAGGAGAGGGUUGGGAGUGAGGACUGAGCCCUGGGGUGGGGAGGGGAGUGGGCAGGGAGUCCCUAUUCAAGUCACUGCUGCAGCAAUCUGCGCAAGGGAAACCCUCCUCCACUCAAGCCCUCCACCAUCCCAGACAGGAAGCAGCGUCCCAGGCCCCUCCUCCUCAUCCUCUCCCUUCCUGCGUGUUUGCGCUUCGCCCAGAGAAGCCCUGUAUAUCUCAGGGAGUUUCACUUUCAACUUCUCCUGCUGACACAGCUUCUUCCGUACUCUCCUGGGAGACAGCCACCCUCUCAUCCUCCUGUUCAAGCGGAGUAUGGGUCAAGUGGUCUUAAUUACAUUUCAUUUCGGAAACAUUCCAAAGCCCCUUGAGUUGGUUUCACCGUGUACCACAACUCCUAGCUGCAAUUAUAGUAACAGCUCGUUUUUUGUUUUACAUCUUCCGUAUGCCAGGCGCUUCACAUGUAUUAUUUCAUUGACUCCUCACACCAAGUUUGCAAAUGGUGUGUUAUUAUCCAUGUUUUACAAAUGAGGAAACUGAAGCCCCGGGAGGUAAUGUGACUUGCCCACAUCCCACAGCUGAUACAGGCCUGCAGAGGCCAUGUGCUUUCCAGUACACCUGGAUACCUCUCCAUUGUCCUCAAGACCUGCUGUAUGGCCCACUUCCCUUCCCAAUCCGCAACUCCUUACAGAUUCUCCCACCCUGGGAAUUCCUGCUGCGAUGAAGAUGACAACACCUGGCCCACGCUCUCGUGCUGGCCCCAUGUCCCGCAGACACCCCACUGCUGCUGGACGCCCCGGCCUGUGCCCCCACUGUGCACUGCUCCACCUUAAAAGGCCAAUUCUUUAAUUUUUAGUAAGGACUUGAGGUGAUGUACAGUAAAAGACACAAAUAAAAUAUAAUUGUUCAAAUGGAAAGAGAAAGUGAAUACCAUAAAACAGAGAAGAGAGCAAAAUUGCUAGGUCAAGUUAGCCAUAUGGUUCAAGGUUAAAUUUAUCUUUGAAAAAUAGCAGGAUUUGAAGUUGUACGUACAUAUGGUUGCUUCUAUUUUUUAAACUUAUACAUAGUACAAAAGACUAUUAAAAAUACUCUAAAAUAUUAAUCAGAGGUUGUUUUAGGUGGUGUAAUUUUGACUGUUUUGUUUUCCCCCAUUCUUCUCUAUUUGCUAAAUUUUAUUUAAUAAGCAUAUAUUUGUUUUACUUUAUUUUUUUAUUUUUAUUAUUGAAAAAAUGAUAUGAGUUUAUCGCUGCCAAGGCAAAAAAUAUAUACCUAUACAUAUCUAUAUGUCUAUAUCUGUAUAUCUAGAUCUAGAUGGAGAUAGAGAUAUGGAUAUAGAUAUAGAUAUAUCCACAGAGGGAAACCUGCCAUUACUUUAAGAAAGAAACUUUUAUUUACCAGAAUCAAAUCCUAAAAGGAAUUAACAAUAUAAUGGACAACGUCUUCAAUACUAGUUUUAAAACAAGUGCCUGAGCAAUCUUCAUAUGGUUCUUUCUUCUUUCUAUUCUUGAUAUAAGUCGGGGUAUAAGACAAAUGUGUAAGUAAAGGUUAUUUUGAGUGGUUGGGCAGAAUGCAGGUCUGGCUAGGGCUGACCUACUGAGGUCCAGGCUUGUCACUUUCCAGUCAUGUUGUAUGAUACCAGGACAGAACUCGGAAUCCCUGGGACAGAUGAGAGAGCUUCAGCUGGACUUACCUUCUUGGACCACCUCCUCCUUACCUGUUAUCUCUGCCAUCCUGCCCCCACUAUGAACACACAACACACACACACACACACACACACACACACACACACACUGCUGUCAAAAUGCUAAUGUGCAAUUUGCUAGACAAGAUUCCCCUUCUCUCUUGUCUUCUGAUCUGGUUCUUAACCUUCUGCCCUAACUUUUGUCUUUCCUGACCAGACAAGGCCAUGGAUCAUGCCAUGGAUCAGCUCUGCCAUCAGAUUCAUUCCAACAGCUCCUACAUAUAAGCCUGCUGGAGAAACACUCCAAACCUUGGUUGAUCUUGCAUGUAUCUGCUCUCUAACUACAUCCAGUGAUGACUUGGUCACUGCCUAAUGGGGAACUACCCCAUCUUCAUGAGUCCUUGUAAUCCACCACCUGGGAAAGUGCCUGGCACGUUAAAUAGGUCACCCACAAUGGGUGGGUAGGUGGGUGGAGGGAUGGAGGGAUUAAUCUAAUAGGGGAAAAAGCACGAUAGACUACAAAGGCCUAAGAAUUGAGAGGCCUGCUCUGCAGUCUGAGCCCCCCUUUGGAAUACAGCGCAUAGGGUAUUUGAGCCAUGGAGAAUUGAUAAAGAAAGGCUUCCACGAAGAGCAAACUUUUGAAACAGGACUAUGGCCUGGUGGACAGGAGACACAAGAGCCCCUCCUCCCUCCCAGGGGCCUGGCUUCCUCUCAGAAAAGACAAAGGCAGCUGGGUACACAGCCACACUAUUUGCCUGGCCCUGGGCAGUUGUGACCCUGAGGGCUCCAACUCGUGACCAGAUGUGUGACUGGGAACCAGGCAAGGAAAGGGUUGCUGAGAAUCUGAUCCAUAUCUAACAUGGUCUGUCAAAUGUUUUUCUAGACAAGGAGAAAACUAAAUGUGCUGUUUUUCAGAAGUUGAUGCCCCCGUUUUUGCAGAUGUUGCCACCCUACAGUGAAACUUACAUGGUUGCAGCAAGACCCCUGCAAAUUGCUCCAGCUCCAAGGGUCCAAAAGUUACCAUGGGCCCAUUGAACUUAUUAUGAAAUGGCAUGUUACAUUGAACCUGUUACGUAAUGGUACCUUGAUCUCCUAAUGUAAUGGCAUGUUACAUAGAACUCACUAUGUAACGGUGCCGUGAACUCCUUAUGUAAUAGCCUGCACAUGCGCCCUGAUUGAGCCCGGUAGUUACACAGUUGUAACAUAUCCUCUGCACUCUUGUGUAUAAAGUCUCCACCAGCACUACACUGCUUUGGGAGCAGUCCCCGGUGUUCUCCAUUGCUGGUGCAAGUAAUAAACCUUUUCUUCACCCCCUUCA